AUAAAUUCCUGCAGGCGCCUCUGCAGACCACCAUUUAAAACUGAAAGUAAAGAAUACAAGUAAACCCGCGGACAUUUCGCGAACAUGAGCGAGCUCCCGUCAGCGGAACAUCUACAUUUGUGAUUAUUUAUAGCUAAAGAACAUAAUCGUUUUAGUGUAAUGUAGCAUUUGAAGAUGCACCAGACGAACUGUGUUUUGGUGUCAGUCCUGCUGAUGAUCGCUGAUGGAUUCGUUGUGCACGGUCCAUCUGGUCCUCUGGUUGCUCCUCUGGGAUCUUCAGUGGUUCUGCCCUGUUAUGUUGAUGAACCUUUAUUAAUGAAGGAUCUGGAGGUGGAAUGGAGAAGAACAGACUCAGAGACUUUAGUUCAUCUGUUUCAAGAUGGUGAGAGUCGACCAGAGUCCCAGCAGCAGGAUUAUCAAGAUAGAGCUCAUUUCUUUACUGAGAACAUUAAAGAUGGAAACUUCUCCCUCCGUCUGGACAAUCUGAGAGCUGAAGAUGAAGGAGAAUACACAUGUACAGUUCACAGUCAGCUGGAGUCUGGAGAGACUGUGGUUCAAAUUAAAGAUGUUGAGCGUUUGCUGGUCUCAGGAUCAGAUUGGCCCAUAUCUGUGUCUGUGGGUGAAGACGUCACUCUGAACUGCUCUGUAGACUCUCACAUCACUCCUGAAGACUUUGAACAGGUUUCAUGGAGGAAAACUGAUGAAGAUGAAGAAAUUCUGGUUCUGCUCUACCAAAACAACAAGACUUUUCCAGAUUCAUCACAUGAGCGAUACAGAGACAGAGUUGAGUUCUUCACUGCUGAAAUCCCCAAAGGAAACUUCUCUUUCCGAUUGAAGAGCGUCAGAACUGAGGAUAAAGGAGUUUAUAUGUGUCAAGUGUUUGCUGGAGGAGCUUCAGCCAAUGCAACUGUAGUGCUGGACAGACUGGGUUUUCCGGGUGCUGGAUCCAGGCCGUAUCCAGAUCAGAUGGAGAACCUGUGUCUGGACCUGACUACAACGCAGCCCAGGAGACAAUGGGCCUACAGAUCCAGUUUCUCUGCUCUACACAUAAUAAUGAUGAUUCUCUGUAUUUCUGCGUCUGGAUCUGCUCUUCUGCUCUGCUGUCUGAUCUACUGCAGAUCUCCUACUAAAGACACAGUGUUUCGUCUUCAGAUGUUUCUCGUCUUCUGUCCAAAUAUUCUGAUGUUUCUGUCUUUUGUCCUCUGGGGUUUUUCUGAAGGAUCUCUGUUUGAGUCGGUCUCUUGCUGUGCUCUUUAUUUUCUGAGACCUCUCAUGUUGCUCUGGGUGGCUCCAUAUACUGAUGAGUUCACAGGCAAGAUUGAAACAUGGAUUAAUAUUUUCAGUUUUAAAAUAGAAUAUAUUGUUUUCUCAGGUGUUUUUUAUUCAGUUCUGUUUAAAUCUGCCUGGGACAAAAGUCUGAAUUAUGCCGGAUUUGAAGGUGUCAUAAUUAUAGUCCUCUUUGUGAUGGUGCUUCUGUCUAACCUCUUAUUUAUUAUUUACUCAUUGGUUAAAUCAAUUGGGAAGUUAAGUCAACAGAACAUUAAUAUAUUCUGGGUUCUGGGUAAUGUAAGCUUUGAUGUUCUGCCUUCACUACAAUUCAUCCUCCUGUUUUAUGCCUUUGGAUCUGCUAGAGGAGGAUUCAUCAUUAUUGCAGUUUUACCAUUGUUUCUCACAGUAACAAGAUGUGAUUGGGACAAAACAUGUGUUCGGAUAAUGGGCUGUUCAUCUUCAGUCAGGAGAUCAGUGUAUUUAACUCUUAUGUUAUUGGUCAAUGCUAUAAUGGUCUGUUUCUACAUCAUCGCUCUGGAAAAUGAAAAGGAUCGUGUCGGAUGGGCCUGCAUGAUUGCAUUUCUUCAGUUACUCUGGACAGUGAUAAACUUCACUUGGUCAUUUGAUUAUGAUUUUCCCCAUCUUGUUCCUGUGUAUGUGUUUGGAUCAGUCGGUGUUGUUUUACUGAACUCUGUUGCUCUGAUGACUGAACUGAUACUGAAAACAGUUUAUGGUGAAGGUGCAGUUGGAGAUCUGAGGGUAGUCGUCUUUUCUUCUGAGUUCAUCUUCACUUUAAUUCUGAUGGUUUUACUGGUAUUUGAACCCUGGAUCACACCAUGUCUGGAGUCAUGUCAGAAUGCAGCAGCUUCUGAUGAAACUCCAGCCGCUGGAUCAAACCAGAACCAGAACACAGCAGAAUCACUGGAGAUGAAUCCUGUACUGAAUGAACAAAACCAAGAGACUCAGCUGGAUUCAGUGGUUUCACAAACAUGAUCAACAAUCAGACAAAAACACUCCUGAAACAGUGAUUUAAGAGUUCAAUAUCAUUCUUCAUUUGUUAAUGAAACAGGAUGUUUAACACUCAUCACACUUGUUCUUUGUAUUCAUGUAAUAGUGAUUUGCUUUUAUAACUAUUUCUAGCUGUAAACCAACUUCAACAGUACAAAUUGAAACUGAGACUCUUCAAGAUCAACAGAAUGAAAAAUCAGUGUUAUAUUUUUUAUUGUAAGAAUCGAUUGAGGUUUGAGUCUCAGUUCAGGAUCAGGAUGUCAGUAAAUGUUCAGUUCAGGGUCUCUUACACCCUUGAGAAUCACUGAGAUUGAAUAUUCAAACCUUCAGAUGGCAGCUCAGAUCCUUCAUGUAAUAUCAAAACUCCUCUGAGUUUUUGUUACCUACCUCUUCCUCUUGUACUUCCUCUGCUCAUGAUCAGCCAUUCUCCUCCAUAAUACUGAGUCUGUAAAUCAGAUCAAGAAAUUAAUACAUUUAUAACUCUAAAUUGUAUUGUAAUUUCUAGACGGCAAUAAAAACAUUAGAUUCUUUAUGUGAAAAAGAAAAUAAGAGGUUUGGCUAAAUGUCCACCUAUUGUUUGCAUUUAUAGCAGAGAUUGUCUUAUUAUAGGGAGAUGAGAGGGUCUGUAUCUCUUAGCAUUGGAGAAAGUGUAACGGCUAACAUGGAUCACGUGCGGCACCUCUCUGCCUAUAAUGUAACGUCAGUGCCCACCAAUCAAAGUUUUAUGACAGUCAAGUACAGUUUACAAUAAUCAGUUUCUUGUGAAUAAAUGUUCUAUAUUUGGUGUUAUAUCACUAGUAAAUGUAGAGUAGGACUGCAUUGUUUGUGGAAUGUGCUAUACUUAAGAGUACACUAAAAACUUAUUUGUAAUUUAAUUGUUGAAAAGGCCCAGUAUUUUCCAUACUGUUUUCUGAUUUGAUGUUGAUAUGUGAUUGACAGUUUAGUUUGGCCCGCCCAUAAGAAGGAUGACAUUUUAGUUCUUACAGCUCUGUCAACUGCUCUCUAUAAAGUUGCUUUCAUUGGGUGUGCAUUCGAAAAAGAAGUGUGUUGUUUAUAUCAUGCUUGUAUGAUUCUAACAUCUUGUUUCUUGUCUUUAGUGUGAGAAUUUGAGUUUUAAGCUGUUUAAGCGAGUCCAGAGCAAAUCCAGCCGUCUAUAGUUUUUUGUAUGUAAUACUGCAAGUUUGUGUAUUACAUUAUGAUUAUUUAAAUUAUAUUAAUUUGUUUACCAGCAUAUAGGGUUUUUGCUUGUGUAUAAACCUCUUAGUCAGUAUUUUAUGGCAUGUUUUUGACUGUUGUUUCUGCUUAUGCACAGUAAUGCACCAUUAGAAAAUGGAGAUCUGUCUAAUCGUCUUAUUUAAAUGUUUACUGCUGUUGAUCUUAUGUAUAGUGUAUUUAUUUCAGUUGUGAUUUAUUAUGUAUAUGUAUUUGUUUAGACACCCCACAUGUGCCAUAUGUAUGUGAGAGCGUGCAUAAUAAAUGGAGCAUCAGUUGAGUACCAA